AUGGAGCCAGACUUUCACAACUUGAUCCGGCUUGUCGUGAUCGGCGAUGAUGGCGUCGGGAAGACAAGCGUGCUCCGCAAGUUUGUUGAUCACAGAUACAGCGAUGUGUACAUGCCCACGAUCGGCGUGGACUUUUUGCUGCCUCGAUGCACCCUUAGCAUCUUUGGAUGA